AUGAGCAGCACAUCGACGGACGCCAGCAACGUGCCCAUGGACCUGGUCAGCGCCUUCGACGACCAUGGCGACGAGCUCGCGCAUGCCCCUCCGCCUGCGAGCAUGGACGUGCUCGGCACGACCUGCCUUGGCGACGAGACCGAGCUCUGCUCGCACUGCGGCAUGCCGGUCCGAGGUGAAGAGCCCCACGAAGACGUGUACCGUUAUAUCCUGCAUGCGUCAGUGCGGUCGAUGGCAGCUCUCGUGUGUGUCAUGUUCGACGUCAACGCGAUGACCCCGCGCUUCCGCCCGACAUACGACCGCACGGAGAAGAUGGUACACUGCUUCCCUCAGUGCAGCGUGUACAAGCACUGCCCGGCGCCGUACCAACACUCGCACGACGCUCUGACUCGCGAUUCUUUGGCGGCUGCGUGCUCCGUCCCGAUCUGCGCUACUUUCCAGCACGAAGGCGCUCUCAGCGACGCUCGGGCUUUUGGCUACUUCCACCACUCCGGCUUGUCCAUGGACGAAGACCUCUUCUCGUUCUCGCCCGCGGAGCUGGCGAUUUUCAGCAGCCAGUGGGUCGUCGGCGACGUCGAGCACCAUGGCGACACGAAGACCUCGGUCCUCUUCUAUGGAUUUUCCAAGGACGAGGUUCUCUGGCUCCUUCCCGACGACUUUGCGCACCCCUGCAACACGCAAGGCGUCCUGUACACGUUCCGAGUGCUCCUCUACGCCAAGGUCGGUGACCUCUACGAGCUGGUGGCGUACCAAGACUCGCCCGAGUUUGCGGUGCACAACAGCGUCCGCGACAGCAAACGCAAGCCUACAGCGACAUUGGCCGAGAAGAACCCCAAGCAUCCUCGCGUUGCCAACGCUGUGACCUCGGCCUGA